AUGGAAACAACAGCCGGCGGUGCUUUCUUACCACGAGGACGAGAUUCGGACUGCAUCUUGAUUAACUCUCCUUAUUGCUUUGAUGCAGGAGAUGAACGAGUACAUGUGUUUCCUGGUUUAACAGCUCUACAUACAUUAUUCGUCAGAUUUCACAACUACAUAGCUGACGAGUUCAAAUUUUCUACAAAUUGGGAUGAUGAAACCAUAUUUCAAGAAACACGCAAAAUAAUUGCUGCUUUCAUGCAAAAAAUAACCUAUAAAGAUUUCCUGCCGGAGGUAUUGAAUUCAGCAACUAGAGGGCGGUUUGGAUUAGAUGGUCCAUAUCGCUAUGAUAUCCAUACGGAUCCCAGUAUAGCUAAUUCUUUCGCCACAGCAGCCUAUAGAUUCGGUCAUUCUCUGAUACCCGAUUUCUUCAUUAUCAACGGCACGAAGGUCCAGACCAGAAAACUCUUUAACGACCCACAGUACAUCUUCAACUCUUUUGACCAAGUGGUGGACAACAUUUUAACUAACCAAGCCGAAGUUUUGGAUCGAUUUCUAACACUGGAAAUCACCGACCAUUUAUUUGAAUUUGGUGACAUAUCGUUUGAUUUGGCUUCUUUCAAUAUACAGAGAGGGCGAGACCACGGAUUGCCUCCUUAUAAUGAUUUUAGAGAAUGGUGUGGAUUGCCAAGAGUCCGAAGCUUCUACUCUUCGAUCUUUGGACGUCUUGGUCCUUCCAUGAGCAGACUGUAUAAUCAUGUAGAUGAACUGGAUUUGUUCACUGGAGCGAUGUCUGAGAGAGAUGAACCAGGCUCUGCAGUGGGACCUGUCCUCUCCUGUUUAUUGGGCCAACAGUUCCAUGAUCUGAAACAUGGCGACAGUUUUUGGUACGAAACCCAGGAACAGAGAAGAGGUUUUACUUCAGAUCAAUUAGCAGCUAUACAGAAAACGAGUUUUGCAUCCAUACUAUGUAACCAAUUUGAUAGACAAUAUAUACAGACAAACCCAUUUAGAGUCGUAUCCAAUUCGAAUCCUUUGGUAGAAUGUCAAUCUUUACCCCAUUUUGAUAUGUCGCCAUGGUUACCUAAUAGAAAAUAA